UCCACCGGCCUGUUGGCUCGAAGCGGCCGGCCAGUCCAUCCCAUUCCAGGAUGGCCCGGGUGCGGGCCGCCUCGACAGAGUCCCAGCUCCAGGACACGCCCAGGAGCCCGUGCGACGACGCCGAGGCCCUCAACGAGGAGGACGAGGCCCCCGACGUGCGCGGUGACAGAGUCCAGGACCCCGUCGAGGAGGCCGUCGCCGAGGCGCAGGUCGACAGCUCCGAUGCCAGGCAGGCGGGCUUCCAUUACUCCCUGGGCGUGACUCUGGCCGCGCUCGCCACCGCCUACUUCAUCCACUACUACAUCCACGCCGGGGCCGUCUCGGCCUCCUCGCCGUCCUCCUCGGCGCCGCACACCUUCAGGAACCCUCUGAAGGGGGGAUUAGCCGGUCCGUUCGAUGUCGAGCUGGAGAAGGCCGAGAUGUGCGACAAGGAGCGGCAGGGGCUGGGCGCGGCCAAAAUGGAGUACAGCAGUGUGACCCUCGACAAGGAUGUUCCCAAGCGCUAUCACAUCAGUGGCCGCGGCUACUUCAACUACAACACGUCCGACGACCUGUCGGCAAAGUUCCUGCUCGCCUCGUGGAACUUCCCCGGUCGCUGGAUCACUUACUACAGCAACACGUUCUCGGGGGGAUGCUCAAUGGCCAAAAACUUCUCCCCCGAGAGAUGGCGGCGGAUGUCCCAAAUGGUCUUUGGCCACGAGAACGCCGACUGCCCUUUCCCGCCGGUGAGCGCGAGUCCGCGUGGAGGUCGUCAACUUCACGGUGGACCACAAGCAGCAGAGCUACAUCAAGGAGUGGGUGUACGGCAGGUGGAAGGUGGAGAACCAGAUCAUAGAUACGGCCUACGGCAACCGGGUGGUGUCGUGCCAUCGCGCCAUCUUCCGCGUCGUGCCGAAGAAGCCCGAAAAGCCCAUGCCCGCCGUGGUGCCCGCCUUCGACAACACCGACAGGUUGUCCGUCGAGAUGCUGGAGCCCCCGGACGCUCCGCCGUGACCCCACCCGCAUGCUUCGCGUCAACAAGGGAAAUGGAAGGACUCUGCUCCUCCACUGCUCUCAGUCAAAAAAGCAGAGGAGGAAUCAUACUCGAUUCGAAAUAAAAACCUUAAUUUAAUUUAACAAUUAUGAUAACAGUAACAAUAAAUAUAACAAAAUUUCA